AUGACUUCGAAUGAUCUACAAGUCAUCGACACCGUCGGGACCUUGGAAUAUCUAAAGGGAGACUUAUCGGAUGAUGAGAUGGACAUUCCACCACACAUGAUCCCCCCAAAUCCGGACGACUCAGACAUUCUUCCCUCUCAUGUCCACCCGUCUUAUCCGUAUGGUGAUCCCACAAACAUCAAGCACCCUGCUGCUCGGCCGCGUGUGCCAUAUGACCCUGCGUCUCGAGCCUUGUUCGAGGACAUGGGCUAUGCUGGUGGUGGAGCAAAUGGCACACUGAGAUGGAAGGACCUCGCACUCGAUAUAUUACUUCCUGUAGAUUAUGAGAAGGAAGAAGCCGAAAAGGCCGCCCAAGCGCGAAAAAUGGCGAGCGGGACUGCCUCAAAUCAUCACCAAACUGCUCAACAAGUGCCCGGGGACAUGGCAAUGGAAGAAGAGGACGUCGACGACGAAAAUGAUGAGAACGAGAACGACGAGAACAAUGAUGACGAUGAAGAAGACGAAAUGGAUGGUGAUGACGCGGGAGACGAGGAAGGUGGGUAA